AUGCCAACAAUGCGUGCUGUAGCCUGGUUCGGCCAACCCUACAACGUCUCCGUGAUCGACAUGCCCGUUCCCACCAUUAUCAACCAGACAGACGUCGUCAGCCGCAUCACCUCCUCCGCCAUCUGCGGCUCCGACCUUCACAUGUACCACGGCUACGGCGGCUCGCCCAACGUGCCCUACGGUUUCGGCCACGAGGCCGUCGGCUACGUCUCCAGCGUCGGCGACGCCGUCUCGAGUCUUGAGGUUGGCGACUAUGUCAUCAUCCCAGACAACGCCGACGACGGGCACUGGGGUCCUUCGCACCCCUUAUCCUUCGGCGUUGGGAGCGCAAACUAUGGCGGACUGCAAGGUAUGCUUUCUUUCAGAAGAUACCAGCCUUUCCCCCCCUAUUUCUGUAUGAUUCGUCCGUUCGAAGACCGCACGGAUAGUCGUCCUCAGAAGUACGAGACAACCCAAGUUGACCCAAUCUUCCGUCCUGUACCAGCCGAGUACGCCAGGGUGCCCCACGCCGACACAUCCCCCAUCCCGAUCCCACUAACCUCAACAAACACCACAUCCGAACUUGACUACCUCAUGAUCACAGAUGUCUUCACAACAGGCUGGCACGUCAUCUCCUACUCAGGCUUCCAACCCGGCGACACAGUCGCCAUCUUCGGCGCCGGGCCCGUCGGCCUCCUAGCCGCCUACUCCGCCAAACUCCGCGGCGCCUCCAGGAUGUACGUCGUCGACCGCAUCGCCAGCUGCCUCGAGCAAGCCGAAUCGUUCGGAGCCAUCCCCAUCGACUUCACCCAACAAGACCCCGUGGAAGCGAUACUCAGCCGUGAGCCCGCUGGCGUGACGCGCAGCCUCGACUGCGUGGGCUUCGAAUCCGUCAACGCUACGGGAGAUCCGCACAACGGCAUCGUGCUAGAGAACAUGGUUGCCGUGACCUCCGUGUACGGAGGCAUGGGUAUUGGCGGUGUGUACAACGGCGGCGGAAACAGCACCGAGGGAGCGCCCAAUGCCGGGACCCUACCCGCGGAGAUUCCUAUCCCCAUGGCAUCGCUAUGGAGGAAGGGCUUGUCCGUCGGAAGGGGUAUCGUCUUGCCUUUGCUGAGGGCACCUCCUUUGCUGGACUUGAUCGCAUCUGGUGUCGCUAAGCCGAGCUUUGUGGUGACGGCUGAAAUCGGCAUUGAGGAUGCGUCGGGGUAUUACCGUCGUUACAGUGACCACUUGGAGAACAAAGUCGUCAUCCGGUUCCCUUAG